CCAAUCAAGAAAACCCUAGACUUUAUAAAACCCUAAUUUCACACAAAACUUCACUUCUUUCAUAUUAGGCAGCCGCUGGUUACAAAUUUUCUCUCGAUCUUUCUCUCUUCCCGAAACCCUCGCAUCAAUCGUCGUCGCCAUGGUUUCCUCCAAGAAGACGAAGAAGACUCAUGAGAGUAUCAACAAUAGGUUGGCUCUUGUAAUGAAGAGUGGAAAGUUCACUCUUGGUUACAAGACUGUCCUCAAAACCCUAAGAACUUCUAAAGCCAAGUUGAUCAUCAUCUCAAACAAUUGCCCACCUUUGAGGAAGUCUGAGAUUGAGUAUUACGCUAUGUUGGCCAAGGUUGGAGUUCACCAUUACAAUGGAAACAAUGUUGAUCUUGGAACCGCUUGUGGGAAGUACUACAGGGUGUGCUGCCUCAGUAUUAUUGAACCCGGUGACUCGGACAUCAUUAAGAGCAUGCCUGGAGACCACUAAAUUCGCAGUGUUUAGGAGAAUUUAUUUGGUUUCCUUGCGGAAAGAAGUUUUGAGUGUCAUUAUUCAUAGGAUCCUUUUUACUGUUUCAAUCUUUUGGACGUGUUUCUUUGUAGACAUAUUUUGGUGAUUUCAUCACUUUAAUGAGCUUGUGACUUCUAUGAAUGAAUUCUUGUAUCUUUUAAAACUUAAGAUGCAAAUGAAUGCCUUUCCUCUUGUGA